AUGUACACACCGAAAACACCCAACACAUCGGAUACGACCGUUGGGUAUAACUUCUCCGACAGAGAGAUAGUAAACUACUUCUCUGAUUCUCCACUUAAUCGUGUAUCAUUCUUGCGAACCGAGCCCGAAUUCCUUUCUUUGGCUUUGAAGCAUCCGACCGCCCAAUUCCUCCUCUUCAAUAAUCUUGCUCCCCUUACAAGGUCUCCCACCGAAAUAUACUAUGCGAAACAUGAUGAAAUCUCCCAACUCGUCCCGGAAGACACCUUUAAGCAGUCCGAGGAGGAGCUGAUCAAAGGCUCUGAUGCUCGUGAUACGCACGCAGCUGUAAUCUUCCUUGGGCUACGGACCUGCGAUAGCGGGAGCAGCUUCUCAUACAAGAUCUACUCAGGAGCACCAUUCUUCGCAGUCGAUGUUACUCCAGAGGCGUCUCGGGCACCACAAGAUGCCAGUCUGCUGAUUAAGUCGAUGGAAGAGCAAGGGCUAUUUUUCCACCAAACCCGAGUUUUGAACACGCUUCCUGGUGAAGACGCUGCCAUAUAUGCUCAGGCACGUUCAUUGGUAGACUGGAACACCCGUAACAGGUUUUGCGGUAUUUGCAGUGGCCUGACCGUAUCUGUGAAUGCGGGCACGAAGCGUGUGUGUCUUUCUUCCAACAAAAUAGAGCCCAACUUGCAGCUCAAGUGCAGCAUCCGUACGAUACCUUCAAACUUAUGCUUCCCCCGUACUGACCCUACCAUUAUUUCGGUGGUCCUUUCUGCCGACGGCAAGCGAGUCCUUCUUGGGCGUGGUAAGCGCGCACCACCAAAGCGAUACUCGGCGCUCGCGGGCUUUAUUGAGCCUGGGGAGUCCGUGGAAAAUGCAGUCCGGAGAGAGGUGUGGGAGGAGGCUGGCGUGAUUCUCUCACGGGUGUCUAUUCAUUCUACACAGCCUUGGCCGUAUCCAGCGAAUCUGAUGAUUGGGGCCAUUGGCCAGUGCCACAAGGAUCAUGAGGAUUUGACACUUGAGCAUGAUCAUGAGCUGGCGGAUGCGCGUUGGUACAAGCUUGAAGAAGUCAGGGACGCGCUUAACGGUACCGGUGACCUACAGUUGCCCCCCGCGACUGCCAUUGCCAACCAGAUGCUUCGCUCAAUAGUCAAAAGCUACUUCUGUUUAGAUGGAUGA